GACAACUUCAAGCAACAUGGAUUUUAAGCUGCCAGGAGACCGCACUGUACAUUUCUAAAGGUGCUCUAGUGCCCAUGCGCGUAUCAAGGGACGCUCGAACCAGGGCGCGUCACCAUGGCGAUUAGCGUCUUUAACUUGCAACUAAAUCCUUUAGUUGCGUCCCAGACGGAUACACAGCGUGUACACAACCCCAGCGCGUCUGUUCUCAUUUAGCUCGAGAAAGUGUCCACAAAAUGACGGUCCGUUUCAAGGGCAUAAAAAGGCAUCAGAGUAAACACAAGGAGUCACAGAAGCAAGCAAUGCGAUUGGCUGGACUGCGCUCUGACCAGUUGGGAAUUAGCAGAGAACCCCAGUUUCAAUCCAAGAAGAGAGCCCAUUUAAAGCCACCUCAAGGAGCUACAUCUUUCCAGUGGGGAGAUCCAGGUGUUUUAACCAGAAGGCAGAUUACACCCCGUUCGGCUUCCCCUCCGGCUGUGGUCUCUGCAGCACAAACCGGCAAUGCAGAGAAUGUAGAAACCCCUCUAGCCCCAAGAGAAUCCAAACCAACAAGAGCCUUGACAUUGACUCCGGUUCAGAAAAACUGUUCAUCUGAUCACAUUUCCAGGGCCUCUGCUGACCAGCAGACACAAAAACAGCCAGCAGAUGGGGUUAACCAUGUACUAAAGAAGAAGGCAGGCUUGAAGUCAGAGCGCCAGAGGAACGUGCGCCAGAGCUCCGAGUAUCAGAGGCAGUAUCAGUGGAGAACUCCUGCAGCUGAUUCACCACUUCUUACUGCCCAAGAGAUGGUGUACUCCAGCAACAGGUCUAUCCCACCUUUUAAGUCUAAUCCAGUAGUAAUGGAGAGUGAAUACAAGAGGUGUUUUAAAGGAUCACCUCCACCCAGAGGCCCACGCUUACGAAGAGACAUUGAACUAAAUGAGAUUUCACCUUUAAAAAUGGAUAUCACCCCAGAAAAGAGUAAGAAGAAAAAACAAAGGCAUCAGCGACUCAGCAGGAAGUCAAGCCCAAAAGAGAGAACUCCUCAUACAGAGCCACAGCCCUUAGAGCAGGAACCGGAGACACCACAAGCCCAAAAAUCUGUUUCACCCAAAGUGGUUAGGAAGGCAAAGACUGAAUACAGCUCAAACUUCCGCUCUCCUUUUCAAUACUGCUACAGGGAUGGUGCCUGGGUCAAGUCCAAGACUGUAGGAGAAGAGGAUCACAAGUGGUAUCACGAGGUGCAGGAGCUACGUCAGAAAGCAGAAGCGUAUAGAAAGAGGGCCUGGGGAACUCACUUUUCCCGGCAGCACCUGAGCCAAAUCCUGUCAGAGCAGAACUGCCUGUGGGAAGUAUCUAGUGGUUCUUCUCCAUCCAGUCUCACUGAUGAGGACACUCAUUCCAAUAACAGUCCCAUUAUCGAGGCCCUGGAUCUGGCCAGUGUCAAGGAGAGCUGUAGCCCAACUGGAUCCAUGUCCUUGACUGCAAGUAGGAGAAACUCUUGUAAUGAGACAGAGCUUCCUUGCAGCCCCACCUUUCUUGGACACAGGAGAAAGGCAUGGGAUGAGGAAGUAAAUCCUUGUGAAAGGGGUGUGGCUGAUAUAACACAGCAGAGGAAGCAACAGCCCGAGCAGACUGAGGAAGGAAAUAUAAGUAGGCAUUCAGAGAACAACAAGGAAGAGGACAAUUUGGCAGAGCGUAAACUAUCACAUGCAGAGGAAUCUGGAAGCUCCAGUGACGAGGGCAGAUUACCUACUCCCAAACUAAAAACAAUGCGGGCUUUACAGAGGACUCAUCAUGACCUCACUACUCCUGCAACUGGUGGCGCUAUACUAGUCUCCCCUCAGAAGAGUAAGCAUACCAAGACCUGCAGGAGGACUGAAGCGCCACUUGGAAAAGCUCACUCACCUUACAGACUACUCAGUUGUGCAUCAAAUCCUGAAAGAAACAUCAAGACCGAGGGUGUGAGCUCAUCUCGUUCUCCUCCAGCUGCAGGGAUGGCAACAGUAGACCCGCUUCCCCUAAGAGAAGACACAUGGACUGAAGACCCUCCUAAACCUUCACCUGAUCCAAAACUAACUAGAAAAACACCUCAUAAAAAAGCAAGCACUGCCUGGAUCAUAGACUGUACCCCUUCACAUGCUAACAGAAUUCAAGGCACACUGAGGAACCCGGAGUUUCAGCAUAACGGUAACCUAGGAGUCCAUUGGCCAGAAAGAGCUGUGUCCCCUUCCAAUGACUGUCUAUCUGACAAUGAUUUGGAUGACAGGAUGUCCCAGAUCUCAUUCCAGUCAGCAGCUUCCUGCUCUUUGGCAUCCCAGGUUUUGGACCGUGCUCAGAAGAGGAAAGAAGACUUCUGGGGAAAGAGUUAAUGCCAAUUUGGUGCAGAAAUCACCUCUUGCUACUCACAGACCAGUACGCUAAUGUAUAAUAUAAAAUUCAGGGAUCUAAGCGUUAGAAUUGUCAUUUUUUGUAGUUAUAAAAUAUAUUUUGAUACUAAUGAUAUAGACUGGUCAUGGACAAAGGUUUUAAUGAAUGCACUUGAAAUUAAAUUUCAAUGAAAUUGUCUAAAAAAAUGUAAUGCAAAAAAAAAAAAGAUUUGUUUAUUAGUUGGUA